AUGUCCGGAAGAGGAGAUUCUGAUAACGCUACUAACGAUGAUCCACUUCAGCCUGCAAUGGUUGAUGACGACGAGGAACUCGACGCCAUUGAUGAAAUGUUCAACAACGAGGUUGAUGAUCCAGAGGAGGAGGACGGAGAGAAUUUGUUCGGAGACGAUAUGGAGCGCGAUUAUCGUGAGCAACCGGAGCUCGAUGUUUACUCCGAAUCCGGAAUGGAUGAUGCAUCAGACCUCGGAAGUCUCUCAAUCGAUGCGCGUCGUGCUGCCGAGCGUGAAAUGGCGCAGCGCGAUCAAAUGCUUGAUGACGAUGCUCUUCUCUACGAAGAAGGUGAUAGCGAGGCUCAGCCGGGUCGUCGUGGACGUCGUGGUCAGCGAAGAGAACGCAAAGAUGACGAGGAAGUUCCAAUGGAAGACGAGGAAUUUCCCAUUGACAUUCUUGAAAACAUCCGUGGUCGAUCGAUUCGCGAUCACGUUUCUGAUGAAGCUGUUGCUAAAGAAAUCGAGCGACGAUUUAAAAAUUUCUUGCGCUCGUUCAAAGAUCCUGCGACGAAUCAAGUCAAAUACAUCCAUGCCAUCAAGGCUAUGGCAGCCGACAACAAGGAAUCUUUGGAAGUUAGCUUCACUGACUUGAGUGACGAAGCUGGCGAACAGAACAUCUCGUACUUCCUUCCUGAAGCUCCAGUUCAGAUGCUCCAAAUCAUGGAUCGCGCUGCUACCGAUGUUGUCAUGAGCAUGUAUCCAUUCUAUUCGAGAGUUUGUGCUGAGAUCAAGGUCAGAAUCGCGCAUUUGCCGGUCGAGGAAGAUAUCAGAAUGCUUCGUCAAGUUCAUCUCAACAUGCUAAUUCGUACUAGCGGAGUUGUCACCAUUGCUAGUGGAAUUCUUCCCCAAUUGGCCGUCGUUAAGUAUGACUGUGUUGCUUGCGGUUAUCUUCUUGGACCAUUUGUUCAACAUGACGAUCAGGAAGUGAAACCAACAAUUUGCCCAUCUUGCCAAGGAAAGGGACCAUUUGAAUUGAACGUGGAGAAUACGGUUUAUCACAAUUAUCAACGAAUUACUAUGCAAGAGUCUCCAAAUAAGGUAGCUGCUGGACGAUUGCCUAGAUCGAAGGACGUUAUACUUCUCGGAGAUUUGUGCGAUUCCUGUAAGCCCGGAGAUGAAAUUGAGGUUACUGGAAUCUACACGAAUAAUUUCGAUGGAUCGUUGAAUUAUAAACAAGGAUUUCCAGUGUUCAACACAAUUAUUCAUGCGAAUCAUAUUAUGAACAAGGACAAAAUGGCCUCUGAUCAAUUGACUGAUGAGGAUAUUAAGGCCAUUCGUGAGCUUUCAAAGGACCCAAACAUCGCAUCACGCAUUUUCGCAUCCAUUGCUCCGUCCAUUUAUGGACACGAUGAUGUUAAACGAGCAAUUGCUCUUGCUUUGUUCCGUGGGGAAGCCAAGAAUCCAGGAGAGAAGCAUCGUCUUCGUGGAGAUAUCAAUGUUUUGUUGUGCGGAGAUCCAGGAACUGCCAAGUCGCAGUUUCUGCGUUAUGCUGCGCAUAUUGCUCCACGUGCUGUUCUCACCACUGGUCAAGGAGCCUCUGCCGUCGGUCUUACUGCCUAUGUCCAGAGACAUCCGGUUACAAGGGAAUGGACUCUUGAAGCAGGAGCAAUGGUGCUUGCCGAUAAAGGAGUUUGCUUGAUUGAUGAGUUUGACAAAAUGUCUGAUCAAGAUCGUACUUCUAUCCACGAAGCCAUGGAACAACAAUCGAUUUCCAUUUCCAAAGCUGGAAUUGUAACCUCGCUUCAUGCUAGAUGUACGGUUAUUGCCGCUGCGAAUCCGAUUGGUGGCCGAUAUAACCCGACGAGAACUUUCGCUGAAAACGUUGAUCUUACCGAGCCAAUCUUGUCGCGUUUUGACGUUCUCUGCGUUAUUCGCGACACUGUCGACAGUAUCGAAGACGAGAGACUCGCCAAGUUUGUGGUCGGAAAUCACGUCAAACAUCAUCCAGAUAAUGCGAAGGACGAUGAAGAAGAUGAAGGAGUUGGUGGAGAGGAAGAAGCUGUUGAUGAGAGAACUGGAGUCAGGCUCAUUCCGCAGGAUCUUUUACGCAAAUACAUCAUCUACUCUCGUGAGAAGUGCCAUCCGACAUUGAAUUCUCAGUGCACUGAAAAGUUCUCGACCAUUUUUGCAAUGAUGAGAAAAGAGAGUAUGGCUACUGGAUCGGUCGCAAUUACUGUCAGACAUGUUGAAUCCAUGAUUCGUUUGUCUGAAGCACACGCCAAGCUUCAUCUUAGAUCUUAUGUGAAUGAUGACGACUGCUCCGCGGCGAUCCGCAUUAUGCUCGAAUCGUUUGUCAACACGCAGAAGGCGUCGAUUAUGCGCCAAAUGCGUAAGACAUUCUCGAGACAUCUCACCGAAAAUCGCACAUCCAAUGAGCUUCUUCUUUUCGUUCUCAAACAACUUAUUCGUGAACAAAUGCACUACAGAAGUGUUAAAGGAGGAGAUUUGUCGACUAUUGCAAUUUCUGAGAACGAUUUUAUUGAGAAGGCUCAGCAAUUGCGAAUUGAAAAUGUUAAGCCGUUUUAUACGUGCGAUUUGUUCACGUCGAACCAUUUCACCUAUGAUCCAAACACCAAACAAAUUGUACAAGACAUAUUUUAA